GCUUCUUAAAUUCAAAUGUCAAAUGUCAAAUUUGACAUAUGAUUCCGUUUUUCUAGCGACUUUCUAGAAUUCGAUGAUUUCAAAAAGUAGUUAUUAAAGUUGUUAUAAUUGUGUUAAUUAAUAUAAUAUAAACAGUUAAAAAUUUAAAAGAGGUGAGCGUUAGCAGUAGAAGCAAAUAAAAUGCCUCAACGCAAAAAGCCGUUUAGUGGCAAAGCCAAAAAAGAGCAGCUAAAAUCCAAAAAACAGUCCAAACAAGGUGCCCCUCAAGAUGGUUUUGGCUUUCGUAACCGGCGGCCUUUGUUGAAGACUAAUGCCGGUGAUAAUGAAGAUCAACCUCAAAUUCAGAAAUUCAAUUACUGCCCCCCUAAGGACGGGAGAGAUCGCAAUCGUUAUGCUUUGCAGUUUUACCGCGAGACUCCCGCCGAACUCAAAGCACGUAAAGAAGAGGCUUGUAAAAGCAUAGAACCGGUUUCUGAGAAAGAGUUGGAAAUUGAUUCAAAUGACUAUUUUCCCAAAGAACUGGGCUUUCCUAGAAGGCCCCAAUGGUCAUACGAACUAACACCUGAACAACUGGAAGCUCGUGAAACCAAAUAUUUUAAUGAAUAUGUUAAUGGAAUAUUGGAAAAGUAUAAUUGGAAAGAGUUAAGUUUCUUUGAACUGAAUUUAGAGACUUGGCGGCAGUUGUGGAGAGUAUUAGAAAUGUCAGACAUUGUAUUACAUAUUGUUGAUAUUAGAUUUCCGGCUUACAUGUUUCCUCCAUCGCUGUACGAAUAUGUGACUGAGACACUAAAAAAAGACUUUAUUUUAGUAUUGAAUAAAAUUGAUUUGGCCCCAGCGCCGUUAGUUGUUGCAUGGAAAAAAUAUUUUGAAGAUAAUUACCCCAAUUUGCACAUUUGCAUGUUUACCACACUUCCUGGUUAUAAUCUAGUUGGUACUCAAGUAAACAGAGCAGGACUCCAAGUACGUAAACGAAAAGGCAAAUUUAGAUUAGCUGCUGAAGGAAGUCAACAACUGUUUGAAGUUUGUAAAACCAUAGUUGGGGACAAUAUAGACAUCAGUUCGUGGCAAACCAAAAUAAAGGAAGAAAUGAAUUUGGAAUACGAAGACGACGAAGAUGAAAAAGUUGAAAUUGGGGAAACAGUUCAAAUGAAGUCAGUUGACACAAGUUACUUCCAACAUGAGAAAUACAAAAAUGGUAUUCUCACAAUUGGUUGUUUGGGGCAACCCAACGUUGGCAAAUCAUCACUUAUUAACGCAAUCAUGGGUAAAAAAGUUGUUAGUGUUUCCAGAACACCAGGCCAUACCAAACAUUUCCAAACAAUCUUUUUAACAUCCAAUGUACGUUUAUGUGAUUGUCCUGGUUUAGUCUUUCCGUCAAAAACACCAAAAGUUAUACAAGUUUUAAUGGGGAGUUUCCCAAUCGCGCAACUUCGAGAACCAUUUACAACGAUAAAGUAUUUAGCGGAACGUUUGGAUUUACCAAAUAUGCUCAGGAUAGAACACCCUGAAAAUGACGAUACUUGGUGUGCCAUGGAUAUUUGCGAUGGCUGGGCCAAAAAACGAGGUUUUAUAACUGCCAAAGCCGCCAGAUUGGAUAGCUACAGAGCUGCCAAUGAUUUGUUGAGAAUGACUCUGGAUGGGAAAAUUUGCUUGUGUCUCAGGCCACCAAAGUAUUCUAACAAAAAAGAUUAUUGGGCAUCACAUCCUGAAAUAGAGAAAGUGAAGUGGAUUCAAGCAAAGUCUGAUGAUUCCAAUCAGCCAACAGACGACAAGGACUACGUUUCUGAUAUUUCGGAUGAAGAAAAUAUCCCGGGUUCAUCUGGUGACCACAAAGAAAGAAGCAGUGAAGAAAGCGACGAUGAAGAGGAGAAUGAAGAAAGUGAUUCAGAUGAGGAACCCACCAAUUACGCCCACAAUAAAUUUGCAGCUUUAGCAGAUGACGAUUAGAAAAAUUGUUAAUAUUAAGUAUUUUUUAUUGAUAAUUUAUCAUUAAAUCCCUUCAUUUUUUUUGC